AUGUCCCACUGUCACGACGAGCAUGCGGGCCACGGCCACGGCCACGACCACGGCUACGACCACGACCACGACCACUCAGACGACAUCACCCCGGUCAUCCAGUUCUCUCUAUACGAUCAAGUCAACUUUGACGAGAUCACCACGCUCAACGAAUCUGUCCGGGAUGCGGGCAAGCUGAUUGUCAAAAAGACAUGGGCCGAGAGGAUGGAAGUUGAGCCCGAGCUGGAGAGCGAUGCAGAUGAGCAGCUGUUGAUGACUGUGCCAUUCACGGCCCAGGUCAAACUCCACUCCAUCCUCAUCCGCUCUUCCCCAUCGGAUGACGCCCCCAAGACGGUCCAUCUACACAUCAACCGAGAUGACCUGGACUUCUCGUCUGCCGAGGACACGAAGCCUCAGCAGACGCUCGAGCUUUCCCAGACUACGGAUGUGCAAGAGAUCCCCGUCAGGAGGGCCCUCUUCGGCAAGGUGCAGAGGCUGGUGCUCUUCUUCCCAGACAAUUUCGGCGACGACGUGACGCGUAUCAGCUACAUCGGGUUCAAGGGGGAGUGGACGCAACUGGGGAAGGCGCCCACCAACAUCAUCUACGAGGCAGCCGCUCAGCCUGGAGAUCACAAGAUUAAGGGGACUGGUGUGAAUGAUGUUGGUAGUGGGAUUGGGGGAGGACCCAGGAUGACGAAUCUUGGCAACUCUCACCACGAAACCUCCUCCAUCACCACCACCACCACCAACGACCCCAUCCAUCAACGACAAGUCACAAUGCCUCCCCGUCUACCUCUGCGGGUGGCGCUCCCGCGGCCGCUGAUGCGGCAGCAGCAGGCGGCGAUGCCGUCGUCGUCACCGUUCCUCAUGCUGCCGCGACGCUCGGUCCACAACGGCUGGGUGACGGAGCCCCCCCGAUCGAAGCACAAGCGAUUCAACCAACCGUCGUCCGGGCUUCCCUCGCUGACGACGGGCCCCGCGGCAGCGCUCAAGCGACGGGAGAACACGACCCCGCUUCGGACGGGGGUCUUGGCAACCAAGAAGGGCAUGACGGCCAUGUACGUUGGCAAGCAACGGAUCCCAUGCACAGUACUGCAGCUGGACCAGGUGCAGGUGGUGGCGAACAAGACGCGGGAAAGCAACGGCUACUGGGCCGUCCAGAUCGGCCGGGGUUCCAAGGACGCGCGCAACGUGUCAUCCCCCCAGCUGGGAUACUACGAGGCCAAGGGGGUGGCGCCCAAGGCGGAGCUGGCCGAGUUCAUGGUGCGCGACAGCGCCGGCCUGCUCCCCGUGGGGGCCCAGCUCCAGCCGGACUGGUUCAAGGUCGGCCAGUACGUCGACGUCAGGGGCAACUCGCGCGGCAUGGGCUUCGCCGGCGGCAUGAAGCGCCACGGGUUCAGCGGUCAGGAGGCCUCGCACGGAAACUCCAAGAACCACCGCACCAUCGGGUCCGUCGGCCCCUCCCAGGGCUCCGGCUCCCGCGUCCUCCCCGGCAAGAAGAUGCCGGGCCGCAUGGGUAACGAGUCCGUCACCGUCCAGAACCUCAAGGUCAUGGCCGUCGACAACGACCUCGGCACCGUCCUCGUCAGCGGUCCCGUCCCCGGGCCCAAGGGCCGCACCCUCAAGAUCCAGGACUCCAAGAAGCGAAAGGCCCCCUCCCUCUCUCACCGCGAGAAGGCCCUCGACAUCCUGCGCCAGAGGAAUCCCGACCUCGAAGAGAGACUCCUCGCCGCCCGUCUCGCCCAUAUUGACCUCAAGAAGCAGCGUCAGCCUGACCUUGAUCUGUAG